UGGAGUCUGAUGUAAGUUUUACAAUCAAAUGUACUCUAUAAUAUCUUAAAUUUCCUUUAGACCAAACCAAAUCUGAAAACUUUACUUACCAAGUUCAGCUUUUUUGUCUGAAUAGGGCCCUUUUAUGGAGUCUACCACAACUGGAGAGACCUGCUGACUCUGACAUGUAGAGAGUCGAAAGAAAUGUGGGAGGACAAUCUAAAUUCAUUGAAAAAUCUUGAGCUCAAAGCAAUCAAAUCUGAAAAUGCUAUCAGUAGAUAUCUUCGAAGAUGCCAAAUGAGCUACAGCUACAAUAACACAAACAAAAUGUUGGUUCUUAACUUUUUCAAAGAUUUUGAGAAUUGUGAGAAAUUUUUAAAACUCUCCAAAUGGAGAAAAUUUGAUGGUCUCAAGAAGAUUUGGAUUAUCUCAAACUGUGACAAGCAUAACAAUGAAGCUUAUUCAAAUAUGGCUAAGGAUAUAGUAGACUUGAUGCCUCCUAUAUUGGAAUCAUUAGUAAUUUCAUCAUCAACUCAAGCACUGAGUAUCACUACGCACAAAUAAUAUCAUUGCAAAGCUUGUCAACAGCAAAGAAAAAGUGGAGGUUUCUAAAAUAUCCUGAUUCUUUUUCAACUUUGAUGAAGAUAGUUAAGGGGCUCCCUUAAUCAAUAGAGAAUUUAAGGAAUGGAUCCUUUUAAAAUAGUAUAGAAACACUAGUCAAUCUAUUUUCAAUCCCAAAGCAAUUAACUCUUAGGAAUUGCUUCGGAUUUGAUUUUGAUGAAUUACCUGAAACUAUUGAGGAAAAUUUCAAAUGAUCAAUAGAAACUUUGGAUCUCAGAAGAUCUUUCACCUCAAACAAUGAAAUAGCUCUAAAUUCUGAAAAACUUGAGAUGCUUCUUUAUCUUCUCAGUCGAACUGAUUGAUUGAAAACUCUAGAUUCAAUCAUACUAAGAUUCAUGGACGAUCCGUUUAGGACAACUCAUAAAGCUCUGAUGAAAUUAGGGUUUGAGACUUGAGUGAUCUACAACGAUACAGACAUUGACUCUAUGUAGCACUCCCUUUAAUCAAUGAGCUCUCAAUGCAAUGUUUUACGAAGUAUAAGUUACUAAGAUUCAACAAUGUA